AUGGUCAUCGUCUGGACCCCCGAGUGGGACAACAAGCUCCUCGUCGCCAUCUGGGAGACCUGUGGCUCCAAGUUCGAUUGGGAGACCACCGCGGAAAUUAUGGGUGGCUCUUGCACCCCAGAAGCCCUCAUGCAACACCUACGUACCAUCACCCGCAAGGCCGCAGAACGGCGCCGUGAGCAGCGCGAGAUCCUCCUCCAAGCCCAUGCCGCCCGAGCCGCCAGCGUGGCAAAGGGAAAGGCAAAACGAAAAUGGGGAUACAACCGGUCCGCCCUCAAGCGUAUCGAGGAGUUGGGCCAGAGAUAUGACUCCGAUGUCUCUGCCGGCAGCAAGUCCAAGACCACUCUAGUCCUCCGUCCUAAACAAACCACCCCCUCCGACUCCGCCGAUGCCCCUGCUGUCAAAGACGACCGCAACGGUAUGGUUCGCCAGAAGGGCAAGAAGAGAAAGAACCCGGCUGGCGACGAGACUGCGGAGGCCUCCGCUUUGCAGGUGGAAAUUGAAGCCCGCAGUAAGAGUCGCCACCGGGGGACCUUCUGGAACAAUUACCAGCGCGGAGGUGAGGCGUGA